GAGGAGCCUGUCGUGGUUGUUUUUUCUUGUGACCACACGAACAUCCAUCCAGGUUGAGUGUUUUGGCAUUGGUGACUGAGCCACAUCGCCAAGAUGAAGUACAAGAAGUUUUUUACCGUCAUGCAAGCGGCUGUUGGCAUUGUGCCGCUCAACAAACGAGAAUUCCUUCCUCCCCCUCGAAGACUCUGGAAAUCUCACGAGGACCAGUACGCCUCAGAGUUGUUCCCCUCCAGCUACUCCAGGGAGAACAAUUACUGGACCAGCGAACCACAAUACAUGUACCUCGCAGAGUUACGCCGCGCCUCUGUACGCAGUUUAACACAGCUGUGGCAGGGCUCAGGAAUGGAGGAGACGAUUUGGGAGCAGUACACUGUGACUCUACAGCGGGACUCUAAAAUGGGCUUUGGAAUUGCUGUGUCCGGCGGAAGGGACAAUCCAAACGUGGAGAGUGGAGAGACGUCCAUCAUUGUGUCGGACGUGCUGCCAGGAGGCCCGGCCGAUGGACUGCUCUUUGAGAACGACCGUGUGAUACAGGUCAACACCAUCACCAUGGAUAAUGUGCCUCAUUCUUUUGCUGUGCAGUCACUUCGGAAAUGUGGGAAAGUGGCCAAAAUAACUGUAAAGAGGCCUCGCAAGGUGUCUGUCCUCAAGCGCCCCCCGUCCCCGAGCGUGGAUAGCCGUGAUUACAACAUAUCCAGCUAUUAUCCUGAGGACAACCGCAGCGUUCACAGUGACCCAGACUCUGAUUACCCUCGGGGAAACGGCGGCCUGGGCUACCCCCGUGACAGAGAGCAUGACCGGACCCUCGACAAGAGCCGGAUAGACUACCUGGACCCAGAUUACCGCAGCCAGGACUACAACUCUCGGCGGGAACGGAGUAGAGGCAGGAGCCCAGAGAGAUCGCCCAGCUCUGACAGCGGCUACCGCAGGGACGGCAGCCGGGGCCGGACGCUGGAGCGUGGAUCCAGCCCGGAGCCUCCCUAUAAUAAGCAGCACAGCAGAGGUCGCGGGGGAGGAGGAAGCCCUGCCGGAAGCUACGGGAGGGACCAGGGCUACGACACGCGGAGGUAUGAAACUCGUUCGGAUGAGAAGAUGAUCAGGAGUCACAGCAGGGACCGGCUGCAGGAUCACUCACCGUCACCUAGCAGAGAACGGGACAGAGGAAGAGACCGUCAUAACUAUGAGCCCCUCGAGCCGCCCAUCAAUGUGAUGCUGGUGAAAAACAGGCCCAAUGAAGAGUACGGCCUCCGGCUGGGCAGCCAGAUCUUCAUCAAAGAGAUGACCAGCACUGGACUCGCUGCCAGAGAUGGAAAUCUCCAGGAGGGCGACAUCAUUCUCAAGAUCAACGGAACGGUGACCGAGAACCUCUCUCUGAGUGAUGCCGGCAAGCUGAUUGAGAAAUCACGGGGCAAGCUGCAACUGGUGGUCCAAAGAGACCACCGGCAGAUCCUGGUGCGCAUCCCUGCCCUGGCAGACAGCGACUCGGAGCCUGAUGAUAUUUCUGAGAUGGAGUCCUACCAUUCCUACUCACCUCAAGAUGACCAAAGGUCACGUCAAUCUGACCUCUCCUCGCACUCUUCAAAUGACGCUGCACGAGAGAAUGCCAGGGAGGACCCUCAAAGCAGACUUGCAAAACCCGCUGUAACAUCCUCUCCUUACAAAACUCCAGAGGUGCCGCUUCCAACCCAGGAGGAGAGAGCGGAACCACAGGAAGAAGAGCCACCACCAGCAUUAAGGACGACACCCAAGAUCCUGCUGAGACCGAGCCCAGAGGACGAGGCCAUUUACGGGCCCAACACAGUGAUGGUGAGCUUUCAGAAAGGAGAGAGCGUUGGACUGAGGUUAGCUGGAGGAAAUGAUGUGGGAAUAUUCAUAGCAGGAGUGCAAGAGGGCAGUCCGGCUGAAGAAGAAGGUCUCCGUGUAGGGGAUCAGAUCAUGAAGGUGAAUAACGUUGACUUUCGGGGCAUUGUGCGAGAGGAGGCCGUGCUGUUCCUGCUGGAGAUCCCGCGGGGUGAGGUCGUGACCAUUUUGGCACAGAAUAAAACCGAGGUUUACGAAGACAUCUUGGUAUCCGGUCGAGGGGACUCGUUUUUCAUCCGGACCCAUUUUGAGUAUGAGAAGGAGCUGCCUCAGUGUCUCGCCUUCUCCCGGGGGGAGAUCCUCAAGGUGGUGGACACCUUAUAUGACGGCAAGCUGGGAAACUGGCUGGCCAUCCGCUUGGGCAAAGACAACCAACUGCUGGAGAAGGGCAUCAUUCCCAACAAGAGCAGAGCGGAGCAGAUGGCAAACGUCCAGAACACACAUAAGGGCUCAGGAAGUGACAGAGCUGACUUCUGGAGACUACGUGGUCAGAGGGCGGCCAAGAAGAAAGACCUGCGGAAGAGCCGAGAGGAAAGUUCUGCUGCUGUCGCCACACGAUUCCCUGCCUAUGAGAGGGUGGUGCUGAGAGAAGCGGGAUUCCGAAGGCCGGUUGUGCUGUUUGGACCAAUCGCUGAUGCUGCCAGCGAAAAACUGAAAGCGGAGCUUCCGGAUGAGUUUGUAAUUGCCAGCACAUCAGAAACAGAACCCAAAGACGCAGGGUCGGAAAAAUCCUCCGGGGUGGUUCGUCUCAACACGAUUCGACAGAUCAUCGAACAGGACAAGCACGCUCUCCUGGAUGUCACCCCUAAAGCUGUGGACACCCUGAACUACACGCAGUGGUACCCCAUAGUCAUCUUCUUCAGCCCGGAUAGCAAACAUGGGGUGAAGGCGAUGAGACAGAGGGUCAUCCCCAGCUCUAACCGCAGUGCCCGCAAACUCUACGAUCAGGCUCUGAAGCUCAGGAAAACCUGCUCACACCUGUUUACCGCUGUUAUCGAUCUGAACUCAGCUAAUGAUGCCUGGUACGGCAGUUUGAAGGAGACCAUACGAGACCAGCAGACCCACGCUGUGUGGGUCUCAGAGGGGAAGCUGGACGGGACAGAGGGGGACCUUGACGUUCACGACGACCGCAUGUCGUAUCUCUCGGCGAUGAGCGCUGACUAUCUCAGCAUGGACAGCCGGCUGACCAGCGACUACGAAGACACGGCAGACGAGGGCGGGACUUACACAGAUAACGAAGCGGACGAGCCACUCGACCGCCAGCGGGUGUCGGCCAUUAGCCGCUCCUCUGAGCCAGUCAUGCCAGAGGAGAUCCUCAGGAAGUCCAGCCCAGAGAUUCGAGGUCGUAUCCGUAGAGUGGGAAGCAGAGAGAUGCUGACUGAGGCUAGUCCCCCCUUUAUGUCCACCUUCCUGCCUGACCCCGCGAAGGUAAAAAUGCUGUCUCAAGUCGAGGUGUCGCGGGGGCAGUACGACCCCUCUCGAAACUACGACUCUCGUUCAAGCAGCCCCGCAAGCAGCGAGCACCCGCGCAGCCAGGACUCUCCGGCAAAAAACAAGCCCCUGCCUCCCCCACCCGCACUUAAACCUAACUUCGCAUCCCGCAGCUCCAGGGGCCUCGUAAACAGCCCCCCGAUACGGGACAGUGAACCCCUGGUGGACAGUCCUGACGAUCCUUCACAGAGGUCUUUCCGGGGCAAAGUGAAGGCCUUCGAGCAGAUGGAUCACUUCGCCCGGACACAAAGAGUUCUGGAGAUCCAAGAGGCCCAGAACGCCAGGUUGGAGAUUGCUCAGAAGCAUCCAGACAUCUAUGCCGUCCCCAUGAAGUCUCAGAAACUGGACCACAGCAGGCCACAGCCUAUCGGCUCCAGUGCGCGACCAGAGCCCCAGACGCCUCCUUGCAAGCUGCCAUACACAGAGAGCCGCCCGCUCGGCCUUGGCGAGGAGCCCGGGGAGGAGUUUCGACAGCAGCUGGCGGAUCAGACCAAGCGCGGCUAUUACACCACCACACAAAAGUAUCAGGACACUGAGCUGUAGAGUUCCUCUGCUUCGGCUCACCGCACAGCUUCACCAUUCCACCGGGGCGCCGCCCUGCACCAAAACUGCUGCUGACUUGGAAGUCCCAUUUGCUUUUAAGUUUCCCACACGUAUAUUUGUCUUUUUCACUUCAAAGAAGUUCAACUUUCUGUCCGUGUGGAUAGAAUCUUAUUGUUUUUUUAUAUAUAUAUAUAUUUGCAUUUUUGUUUCCCUCUGUGUGAUUCCAGAACCAUGUUUUCUUGCCUAUGCAAUUUUUUCAGUUUCUGCAACGCUACAGAAACGUCUCUCUCUCUCUCUCUUUGCUCCAUGAAAACCUUAAACCCGUCGUGUGCUACAAACCAGCUUUUUGUUACUUUCUUUUUAUAAGCCUGAAGCAAAACUGUUUUAAAACGUCACUCUCUUUAAGGUUUGUACUAUCUUUGCAUUCCUUCAUUUCUGAUCAUGUGUGUUAUACGAUGUAAGACAAUACACUGGAUUUUGUUACAACAUUUUGAAGUGCCUUUUACUUUACAAAUAAUGUUGGAGGUUUGUGGACUUGACAAUCCAGCCCUCUGGACAAUAUAUUUGCUGCUUACAGCUCCAAGGAAAAACAGGGAAAAAGUCAACAACACCAAAACCCUUAAUGCGCCCGUAUCCUCAGUGUAGCGACAGCAACCACAAAUGAGUUUCCAAAGGGACACUUCACAAUUCAGGUCGAUGCUGGUUGGUUCGAGUGAUUGGAACUGCUGUUGUCACGGUUUGUCUUAUUUCAACCCCACUGCAUUACGUUUUUAACACGCUUGAUUGUACAUUAGUCCGCUUUACCUCCACGUAUCGGUUCAAAGUGCUUCUAAAACUCGUGGAUUAUAUUUUGAUGGCUUCCACUGUGUGUGAGAGUCACACACUGAGAGAAUUUUCCCUGGACAUUUACGUUCAGGUCUACUGUGGAAUUUCACUCUACUACACCAAAUAAAAUAAACUAUAUUGACAUUC